AACAUGGGAAUCACGACUAAUAGAUUUGAGGACAUGCCCUACACGUUCUAACUCAAGCUGGCUUCCCACCUUCUCUUAAAUUGCCAAAAUCCAACAGAGAAGUAUCGUUUUUCUGACCCUUUGCAAAGGUGAAUACUUCGGCUUCAAAGAGUGGACAUGCCUGCACUUAUCAUGGACACUCAGGAAGCAGAUGAAUCUUUCAUUUCAGUUGCAGAUCUUCUUCAUGUAUGUGCUAAAAAGAACAUCCAGUAUUCCCUGCUUUCUGAUUCAGAGAGCAUGGGAAGUGAGAAGCAUAUUUCUGUUGAUCCAUUCUCCCUCAGAGAAUCAGCGAAUUCCAAGUUGAUGAUACCCGUUCUUCCACCCCUUCAUCCACCUACAAAGCCAAAGUUCUUAAGCUACAGCCUGCCAAACUCUGCCUCUUCCUCACCUAAGUUUAGCACAAUGCUGCCAAAGAAGAAAUCAAAAAAUCUAAACCAAGUGGCUUCUCUCUCUGUCAACCCUUUCUUCCACCGAGAUUCUAUAGCGCUUACAAAUCUCGAGAGGUUACGGGCGAGCCAUCUUCGGAGAAGCAAGUCAUGCGGUGAAGGAAGGACAAGCGCCCCACCUGAAGAUUUUGACCUUAAAUGGGUGGCAAAAUCUAACAGUGUGAAGCAUGAUCAUCAAAGCAAUAACAAGAACUACAUGUAUACGGCCGAACCCAAUUUGGAGCACAAGAAGAGUUAUAGCGCUGAAAAGGCGACAGAUUCUGUCGAUGAGAACUUUAAAUGUGGAGCUCUGUGCUUGUUCCUGCCAGGCUUUGGCAAGGGAGCAAAACCAGUUAGAGCCAGGAAGGAAGAACCAGCAGAAAUGGUGCAUAUUCAGGGACCGGAGAACCUAGCACUAUUAGUAUCCAAGAGGGUCUCGCUCGAGAAAUUUGAAUGUGGUUCCUGGAGGUCAUCCGCCAUAUUAGACGAUGCUGAAAGCCAAAAAGAUGCCUCCAAUCUCUUCUACGAUCUUCCAUUGGAGAUGAUCAGAUGCAGUGCUAGUGAUACAGAUUCCCCAGUAACAGCAGCUUUUGUGUUCGAUAAGGACCGAAAAGGGGUUCUAAAGAAAAAUUCGUCAAGAACAGCAUCAAAAAAAUCACCCGAUUCAUCUCGUCACGUUCGAUUUUCUACUUCUUCUCCCACAUCUUACCCAGCCUCACCGACUUCUUGCGUUACAGAUGAUGUUCGCCUGCACAAGGCUAGAGAGGACCUGAACUCAUUCUUAGAAGCGCAGACUGCUUAAGCACUACAUUCCUAAACUACUGCCGAAGGGCAAGAAGGAUUCUGUACGCUUAUAUUUCUUUAUUAUUGAUGCAAGAACUUGAUCUGAGACAACAUGAAAUCAACUAUCUGGAAGCUAUUAUAAGGCGUCUGAUCUCACCUGAACUAUGCAAAGAAUCUUUCCUCCCUCUAUAAAGUGUUCAACACUGAUACAUUGAGCAAACGUACAAUUUAUUUUCAAUUUGCUUCUAGACUUCUAAGUACAUAUAUUAUCGGCUUAGGUAAACCCUCGGCUCUAAAAGUUUCGAUCUUGGAAAACCGAGAAGUAUGACUUUAGAUGCAAUUGAUACUCUUCUUGGUUCGGGAUUUCUGCAGUUUGUUAAUUGCAGAAUUGGAAACACUGGUU